AUGCUGUGGAAGCUGUGCACUGGACAAGGCGCAAUGGCCAGCAAGGUGAUCCUCAAGAACACAACCAAACUCAGCCUCAAUGAGCGCUUCACAGCAUACCGUCAGCAGGCAGAGGCGGAGGCGUUGCGGGCUGCGGCAGCAGCGGCUGCAGUUCCCCAGAUUCCUCCAGUGCCACAAGCAUCGAUGCGCAAUGUGCGCCUGGCACAGCAGAUGGCUAACCGGCCCAGCGUGCUUGCUGCCCUGCGCCUCCGGAAGGCUACCCCCGGGCUGAGUGGCGGCUACAUGGUGCCCUCUCCCUCCAUCGGAGCCAUGGAACGCGGGAUGUCCCCCCUUGGGGGUGGCUGGGUCCUGCAGCGUAGCCUGCGCCAACGUCUUGGCCCGCUGUCUGGUGGGGUGAAGGCGCGCCUCGGACUGCGGCCGUUUCACCCAGCCGGGCUGCUGCUCCGGUCCAGGCUGGGAUUGAGGCCAGUUCAGGCCAAUGGAACCCGUGCUGCACAGUCGCGCAGGAAUCGCGGAGCAGCCAGGACUUACUACAGGCAGCCUCGUGCCAAUGGGGCCCUCCGUGGACAGUUUGGGCGGCCACGAAAUCGCAGGCGGCGUGCCCAGCAGCAGCAACAGCAGCAACAACAGCAGCAGCAGCAAGCAGCAGCCGGUGUGAAUGCUGGCGGCCAAACUGACCGUCGCCAGUUGGACCAGCAGUUGGAGGCAUACAUGCAACGUACGAGAAGUCACCUGGACGCAGAGCUGGAUGCCUACAUGGCCCAGGCCAGUGGGAGCAGCAGUUAGAUGAGUCUAGGUGAAGCCUAAUGUGGCGGAGGCUGGCGAGCCAGGAGCAGGGCAAUGUUGCGUGGCGAAGAGCCGGCAGACGGGAAGGCAGCCACCAGCUGAGCCCCACUCCAGCACGCCCAGUCACCGAGCACGAUACCUUCCCAACAAGGCUGCAGCAGCUGCCGGAGGAGCUGCAAUCCGUGCAUGAAAAGAAAAACUCUGUGACCGACUUUUUCCCCGUUGUUUGGGCUGACAAAUCGCACAGGCACUGCGACCUGGUGUAUCUGUUGAUCUUGAUGUCUUACUCGUUUUUGAUUUCCAUGCUUUUCGGUUGUCACUAGGCUGCUCUUUGUAUCUUGGCUGCCUUGGUUUUCUUAUCAAGCGGCAUUUUAAUGCUGGACAGUAUAAUGUGAACCAACAUCUCAUCUAUUUUUACGGGAUAGAUUGUCUCACCAGUGGUUGAAAGCAAAAGAUAGCUACAACAUUCAGUUGUUGAGGUUCUUUCAGCCUGUGCUCCCCAUGAAGAUGGGUAACUGGAACGCAGGCAGACCAAUGAAAAUAGAUGUAUAGUUAUGUCAAACGAUGGUACGGAAUGAAUGCUUUGGUUUGUGUACCCACGUUCCUUGUGGCCAUGGAUUCUAAUCAGAACUGGCCUACAAUACAGCUCUAUUGAAAAGUUGUAAACAAGUGUGAAGCUAUAGUCUGUGCCAGUGUUGUUUUAAGGGGUGUAGGUGGAGGCUUGAAUUAAGAGGCAUUUUAUUAGGACUGCAUUUUAGCAGAAUUACUUCCAAGGAACUUGUAAAUCAGUCCUUCAGCACAGCAACAUCUUUGAGAAAUCGAAGUGCUAUGUGCAUGCAAGUUUGGCUGACUGUCUCGGCAACCACUGUGCUAGAGUUUGCUUAUGUCAUUUGCAGCUCCCUUUUCCUACUUUUCACUUGACCUCAUCUGUUAUGACCCAACGUAUUUCAGCAUGACAUAAAUGUACCAAUUGCUAGUUAUGAAAUUUGAUCACGUGGUGAGUGGCCGAUUUCACGAGUGAUCCUGAACUUGGUGUGUGUUGGCGAUGUGCCUGGCGAUUUCACUUGGUGCACAGCAGCUGUUUUUAGGCAUUCAUUUAGAUGUUUAUUUAGUGUACACUUGGAGUGGAAGUGCAAAAAUUGUGGCUUGCCCUUGUCUCCAUUGCCAGAUUUUUCUGUUUUAGGUCAUUAUAGUAUUUAUGUUUUGGAAUAUGUGCAUACAUGCUGUUGUAAGUAGGUGCUGUUCAGUCAAGAUGACUUUUAAUGAAAGUUUUUGAAUGUGACUGUGUGCUUCAGUGUCUGUGUUCUUUUGUUUUCACUCAUAUUACAUAAAAUAUUAUGCCUGGUCA